AUGGCUUCUGGUGACCCACCCUUGACACCUGAGGAACAGUGUCCCCAGCUUAGCACCACCGUGUCCUCACCAGUGAUGGAUGAAGAGAUUCCAGGACUAUCAGAAACAAGGGUGGAGGCCAGCCCCCAGCCUCCAUCUGCCAGCCCAAAGAGGAAGAGGGACUUGUCAUCAGAUUCUGAGGAUGACCUGGCAGAGCUUUGGGACCCUGAACCCGAGCCUGUGUGGUCAGUGGAGACACUGUGUGGGCUCAGGAUGAAGCUAAAAAGGCAGCGUGUGUCUACAGUGAGGCCUGAACACCACAAAGUCUUCUCCAGGCUGCUGGAGGAUCCUGUGGUGAGAAAAUUCCUGGCCUGGGACAAGAUGCUGAGAGUGUCUGAUAAGUACCUCCUGUCUAUGGUCAUAGCUUAUUUCAGCCGUGCAGGGCUCUUCUCCUGGCAGUUUAGGCCAAUCCACUUCUUCCUGGCUCUGUACCUGGCCAAUGACAUGGAGGAGGACAACCAGGCCCCUAAACAAGACAUUUUUUACUUCCUCUAUGGGAAGAGCUAUGCCCAGCGCCCCAUGUUCCACAAACUGCGGUUCCAGCUCAUUCGGUCCAUGGGCUGGAGGAUCUGGGUGUCCCGGGAGGAGUGUGAAGAGAUUCAGGCUUACAACCCAGAGCUGUGGGUGUGGGCACGAGAUCGCACCAACCUGAACUUAGAACCAUAA